CCUAAUUCCAAAAUCGUAUUUGUAGCUGAAAGACCAGCUAAACCACCGCCAAUAACAAUUGCUUGUGUGUUAUUGCUUACUGUUGACAUACUUGCUUUGUUCUUGAAGGCUGUUUUUGCAAAUAGUAGGCCAAGGAAUGCAAACAGGGUCGUUGUUCUCUUAAAUAACAUAGAAGAAAAGUUCAAAUCGGAUGAAUGACAUAGAAAAUUUCAAGAAGAAAAGUCUGAUGAUUCUUUUUCUCUUAAUAUGAUCUUACGAUAAAAUUGCAAUGUGAAGUAUACCGAACCUCAAGGAGACGAAGCCAAGAAAAUAUGAAGAAAAUAUAAGGAAAAGAAAAAGAAAAAAAAAAAAAAAGGUCAUUUUGUGAUUUUUCGUACUUGGAUUGCUACAUGUUGUUCUUUUCGUGAAGCUUUCUAUCCCAAGUACAGUUUUCAAACAGCUGGGCAAAGGGCAGAAUGGACGGUAUGCAAUCCUCGAAAGCUUUCAGCUGAAGCUAGAAAAGGUUCUCAACGGUUCCAAAGUGGGUUCUCAUUCCUCUUUCAUUUAGUUGACAUAGGCCGUUUCAAGAUAAAUUCAAUCGCACAAGAAACAUUUACCAUGAAGCCUUUCUUUUCCUUCUCUUUUUUUUGUUAAGCAACAAAGAAGGACUUCUGUUACGAAGUUACUUGAUCUUUUUUUCGAUACUAUUUUCCAUAAAUUCACAGCUACGUAAAAAAGGCCGCUUAACUCAGUUGGUAGAGUGUGAGAUUCCAAAUCUUGAAGUCAAGUGUUCAAGUCACUUAGUGGUCAUCUUUUUUCUCAUUGUUGAAAAGAGCCUUGGUAAAUUUGUUUUAUCGUUUUUACUUUUUAAGGUCUUUGAAUUUUUUGUUUUUUGUUUUUUAUUUUUUGUUUUAUGCAUCAAAAUUUCUCCUGCUAUCAAGAGGCUUCAAGUUUACGUUCCUUCCUGCUGCCCAUUACAGCCUUGUACCUUUACUGACAAAGAAGAGGAUUGUUUUUGAACCUACAGCAGGAAAUACGAAAGGAACUGAAACUUUAUAGACAAACAGGAGGAUUUUUUUUUUUUUUUUUUUUUCAAUAUGCCAGAAUCAAGGAAUUCAGAGUUUGACCCAAAUACAAAGAAUAAGAAUGCAGAUGAAAUGUAUAAUGAGCUCAACAAAAUUCCCUUCUUCAUGCAGUCUUUAGAUGAUGUUGAAGAAGAGGGACAGGGGAAUGCUCAACUGGAUGCCUUAAAGGCUCUGGCUUACGAAGGUCCGCCGCACGAGAUUGCGCAGAAUUUCCGUGAACAUGGAAACGAGUGUUUUGCUACAAAGCAAUAUCGUGAAGCCGCCGAGUAUUAUACGAAAGCUUUAGCUGAAAAAUGCGGAAAACCAGAAAUUGAAAUUCCCUGCUUUUCGAAUCGUGCGGCGUGUAAUUUAAUUUUUGAAAAUUAUCGACAAGUGCUGAACGAUUGUACCCAAGUCCUUCAGCGUGACCCACAACACACCAAAGCUCUGUUCCGUUCUGCAAAAGCUCUUGUUGCUUUGAAACGAUAUGACGAAGCCGAGCUUUGCCUGCGGUUGUUUUCUACUUCGCAACAAGGAGAUCCUGCUGUUCAAGCUCUGGGCAAAGAUUUAAAGCGAAAGCGAGAAACAUUUGAAAAGUUUGAAUCCGAAAAGAGAAGGAUUGCAGAAGAAAAAGUAACAGCAGCAAGAGUCGUUAUCGAGGCCAUGAAAGAACGUCGCAUUCACACCAAAACUUCCGAAUAUCCUCCUGAUUUGGGAGAUGCCAGAAUCACUAUGAGCACAUUCAACGACCCGAAAAGCGAAAUGUAUUUGCCUACUCUAUUAUUAUAUCCUUUGACCUUGCAGUCUGAUUUUCUUCCCUCUGUCUCUGAAAAUACCACUCCUCAAGAGUUAUUAGAAACGGUAUUUUCAGAACAGCCCUCCUGGGAUUCUGAAAACUUGUACCGACCUGAUUCUUUAGACGUCUUUGCCGCAACUUCUACUGGUGGUCUCGUUAAGGUCGGAAAACGCGUUCCCAUAUUACAGGCACUUAUUCAUCCAAAGACUGUAUUGACGGAUGGUCUUGUUCAAUUUCAUGUUGUUCCUAAUUCUCAGACUUCUGCGUUUAUUACUUCCUGGAAACAAAAUAAGAGCUCUUGAGGUUAAGGCUUAAAACUCAAUUGUGGACUUGGUCUGCUGUCGUUCUUUUUGGUGUUCUCGAAAACUAGCAUUAGUUGAAAAAUGGAUUUGGGUUAUUUUGGAUUUUGAAAUUCUAUUUUAUGUACAAUUAAAGCUCUAUUUCAAUUCGGUA